AAUGAAUUUGUCUGAAGAAUCAACUAUAAAUGUAGAUUGUAGAAGAUCACGAAAUAAAACAGAGACAAAAUGUAAGUCUUAAAGUCCAUAAAUAAAAUCUUAAUUUCCAUAAUAAUAACUACAACAUAAGAAGAGCAAAACAAAAGAAAAAUUAUAAUAAAAGCAAGAUUUAUUGCCUAAUGUAACUAGAAAAUUAAAUCCAAAAUCAACUAGUUUUUAGAAGAAGAGAAAUCAAUUUAAACCAGCUCCUUAAGAGUUUUGUUUAAAAGUAAAUAUUUAAGUUUAAUUCAAAUAGUAUUAUAUUGGGUGGGGUAAUAAUGAGGGUUUAGUAAAACGAGUAAUGUAAAAAAGAACAUAAUGGAAGGAAACUACAGACUCUAGUUCAAUGUUUGUUAAUUUUAAAUGGUAAUAAAGUGAAAGAGGUUACAGAUAUGAAAGAUUGAUAGUAAGUUAAAACUACAAAUAAAUUGUUAAUCAUUUUGAACAUCAUAAAGAAAUAUCGAAUAAAUCCUAUCUAAUAAAAAAUCUAUCUUAAUAUUGCGAAGUAAAAAUAUGUUUAUUUUUAGAAACAUAAAUUAAAUGUAUUUGAUUAUACUCCAUUAACAUUUGUGAUUGAUUUUAGUGAUGAAAAUUGUGAUUACAAUAUUACUUAAUUCCUUAAAACUUAUGAGUAAUUUGCUCCUAAAAAGCCAUCAGCAAAAUUAAUGUUAGAUGUUAAAAGAAGAUUAAGAGGAAACUUUAGUAAUGCUUAUUAAAGAGAUUCUAGUUCAUAAUUUUAAAAAAUUCAAAUGAAUAAUACAUUUUUAUCAGAAGAUUCUACUUAUAUGUGGUUAUUAAAGCCAACAUUUUUAAAUAGAGGAAGAGGAAUUCAAAUAUUUGAUAAUUUAGAAACAUUAGUAAAAUUAGUAUCCGAUUUUUAAGAAGGAUUAAAAGAAAAGGCUUUGAAUUAAAAAGAUGAAUCAUCUGGAGAAGAAGAACCACCUAAAUAAGUUUAAAGUGCAUAAGGAACUAAAAAAGAUCCUAAUUAAUAUAUUAGAUAAUAACCUUCAGGACCUUGUAUUAUUAAAUCAUAAUCAUUUGUGAUUUAAAAAUAUAUAGAAAGACCAGCUUUAAUUAAUAAAAGAAAAUUUGAUAUUAGAGUUUGGGGAUUAGUAACAUAAGAAUUAGAUACUUAUUUUUUUUAAGAAGGAUAUAUUCGUACUUCAUCCGAAGAUUUCACUUAUAAUAUAGAGAAUACAUUUGUACAUUUAACUAAUAAUGCAAUUUAAAAAUACUCUAAAAAUUAUGGUGAAUUUGAAGAUGGUAAUUAAUUAUCAUUUAAAAAUUAUUAAGAAUAUUUAAAAUCAUAAAAUAUAAUUUGUAAUGUUGAAGAUGUAAUUUGUUUGAAUAUUUUAGAUAAUAAAUAAAAUGAAAGAAAGAAUAUGGAUGGUUUUUAAUUCAGUACGUAGUAAAAUUAAUUUUGAAGAUAGAAAGUAUUGUUUUGAGAUUUUUGGAUUUGAUUUCAUUUUAGAUUCAGAUUAGGAAGUAUGGUUAAUUGAAGUUAAUACAAAUCCUUGUAUAGAAGAAUCAAGUCCAUUAUUAAAAAUGUAUAUUCCAAGAAUGCUAGAUGAUGCAUUUAAAUUAACUCUUGAUAUUUUAUUUCCUCCAUAGUAACCUCAUAAAUAAUCUUUACCAUAAAUUUGUAAUUAUUAAUUUUUAUUAAAGAUUAACUUCCAUAAAUUAAAGAAGAAUCACAAUCUGAUUAUCCAGUUGUAGGUUAUCCUAAUGAUGAAAAUAUGUGGAUGUUAUUAGGCUCUUUAAAUGAUAGAAAAAUUAAAAAAAAAAAAUGA